AUGCAGGGUACCCCAGUGAAUAUCAUUGUAGGUUCCCAUGUUUGGGUUGAGGACCCAGAUAUUGCUUGGGUUGAAGGGGAAGUGACAAAAAUAAAGGGAGAUGAAGUUGAGGUGCAAACAUCUAACGGGAAGAAGGUUGUUGCUAAACUAAAGAGCAUAUAUCCCAAAGAUGAGGAUGCACCUGCUGGUGGAGUUGAUGACAUGACCAAGCUAUCUUAUUUGCAUGAACCUGGAGUCUUGCAGAACUUGGCAACAAGAUACCAGCUCAACGAAAUAUAUACUUAUACUGGAGGGAUUCUUAUCGCCAUCAAUCCAUUUCAAAGGCUUCCUCACUUGUAUGAUACACACAUGAUGGAGCAAUACAAGGGUGCACCAUUUGGAGAACUGAGUCCUCAUGUAUUUGCUAUUGCAGAUAUGGCUUACAGGGCAAUGAUUAAUGAGGGAAAAAGUAACUCGAUACUGGUAAGUGGAGAAAGUGGUGCCGGUAAGACAGAAACUACGAAGAUGCUUAUGCGAUACCUUGCCUAUUUGGGUGGCCGUAAAGGAACUGAAGGGCGCACGGUAGAACAACAAGUUCUUGAGUCAAAUCCAGUACUUGAGGCAUUUGGAAAUGCAAAAACUGUCAGAAAUAACAAUUCAAGUCGCUUUGGUAAAUUUGUUGAAAUUCAGUUUGAUAAGCAAGGAAGAAUAUCAGGGGCAGCCAUCAGAACAUAUCUUCUUGAGAGAUCUCGUGUCUGCCAAGUUUCAGAUCCUGAACGCAAUUAUCACUGUUUUUACCUUCUUUGUGCAGCACCACAGGAGGAAGUUGAGAAGUAUAAGCUUGGAAAUCCAAAAACAUUUCACUACCUCAAUCAGUCUAAUUGUUAUGAACUUGUUGGUGUGAGUGAUGCUCAUGAUUAUUUGGCUACACGAAGGGCCAUGGAUGUUGUCGGAAUAAGUCAGAAAGAGCAGGAUGCAAUUUUCAGAGUAGUGGCAUCUAUUCUCCAUAUUGGUAACAUUGAAUUUGCGAAGGGCAAGGAAAUUGAUUCAUCAGUUCUCAAGAAUGACCAAUCAAAAUUCCAUCUUAAGACUGUAGCAGAGCUUCUCAUGUGUGAUCCUGUUGCACUAGAAGAUGCAUUACUGAAGCGUGUGAUGGUCACCCCAGAAGAAGUUAUUAAGAGAAGUCUUGAUCCUGAUGGUGCACUAGUCAGUCGGGAUGGAUUAGCUAAGACGGUAUAUUCUCGCUUGUUUGACUGGUUAGUUGACAAAAUAAAUGUCUCGAUUGGGCAAGAUCCAAAUUCAAAAUGUCUAAUUGGUGUUCUCGAUAUAUAUGGUUUUGAAAGUUUUAAAAGUAAUAGUUUUGAACAGUUCUGCAUUAACUUUACCAAUGAAAAGCUACAGCAACAUUUUAAUCAGCAUGUUUUCAAGAUGGAGCAGGAGGAAUACACAAGAGAAGAGAUUGACUGGAGCUACAUAGAAUUUGUUGAUAACCAAGAUGUCCUUGAUCUUAUUGAAAAGAAACCUGGAGGAAUCAUUGCUCUUCUUGAUGAGGCCUGCAUGUUCCCGAAAUCGACACAUGAAACAUUUUCACAAAAGCUUUAUCAGACCUUUAAAUCCCACAAGCGUUUCAUAAAACCAAAAUUGUCCCGCACAGAUUUUACUAUUGCUCAUUAUGCUGGAGAGGUUCUGUACCAAUCCGAUCAGUUUUUGGAUAAAAACAAAGAUUAUGUUGUUCCUGAACAUCAAGAUCUGCUAAGUGCUUCCAAAUGCUCAUUUGUAUCAGGACUAUUUCCUCCAGUCCCUGAAGAGACAACCAAAUCUUCAAAUAAGUCUUCUAAGUUUUCAUCAAUAGGUUCUCGCUUUAAGGUACAACUCCAACAAUUGAUGGAUACGCUGAAUUCUACAGAACCUCAUUAUAUUCGAUGUGUGAAGCCGAAUAAUCUUCUCAAGCCUGCUAUUUUUGAGAAUGUCAAUAUCAUGCAGCAACUACGUUGUGGUGGUGUUUUAGAGGCAAUUAGAAUCAGUUGUGCCGGUUACCCUACCCGUAAGACAUUUUAUGAAUUCCUUCAUCGGUUUGGUCUUCUUGCUCCAGAGGUCUUGGAAGGAAACAAUGACGAAAAAGCUGCCUGCCAAAAGAUUUUGGAGAAGAUGGGGCUUGCUGGGGCUCAGUCAGGAAAAACGAAGGUCUUCCUGAGAGCUGGUCAGAUGGCUGAGUUGGAUGCCCGCCGAGCGCUAAAACUUAGUAAUGCAGCAAAGACAAUACAAAGGAAGGUUAGAACACAUAUUGCUCGCAAGCACUUCCUUGCUCUGCAGAAGGCAGCAAUUUGCAUGCAAUCUGCAUGUAGAGGAAGGCUUGCUUGCAAACUAUUCGAUAAUUUGAAAAGGGAGGCAGCUUCUCUUAAAAUCCAGACGAAUUUGAGAGGGUACUUGGCCAGGAAGAACUACUCUCAACUCAAAUACUCAGUUGUGGUACUCCAAACAGGGAUGCGAGCGAUGGCUGCCCAUGUUCAGUUUAGAUAUAGGAAACAAACCAAAGCAGCAACUAUCAUACAGGCUUGCUGGCGUGGUCAUAGAGGUUUUUCAUACUACAAGAAACUCGUAUGGGCAUCAAUUUGGACCCAAUGCAGAUGGAGGGGAAGGGUUGCUAGAAAAGAGCUUCGGAAACUGAAAAUGGCUGCAAGAGAAACUGGUGCUCUCAAAGAAGCGAAAGAUAAGCUUGAAAAGCAGGUGGAAGACCUUACACUGCGUUUACAGUUAGAAAAACGUCGGAGGAGUGACUUGGAAGAGGCAAAGGCCCAGGAUAUUACAAAGUUGCAGCAGUCCUUGGAAUCUAUGCAAAGCAAAUUGGAUGAAACAAAUGCACUACUUCUUAAAGAACGUGAGGCUGCUCAGAAAGCAAUUGAAGAAGCCACGUCAAUUGUCAAAGAAACCCCUGUUCCUGUUGAGGAUACAGAAAAAGUUGAUGCUCUUACUGCAGAAGUAGAAAAGUUUAAGGAUUUAUUGCAAUCCGAGAAACAACGAGCUGAGGAUUCUGAAAGAAAAUUUGCCGAAGCUGAAAGAAGAGUCCAGCAACUUCAGGAAUCUUUGACCAGGCUUGAAGAGAAGAUGACUAACGUAGAAUCAGAAAACAAAGUUCUUCGCCAACAGGCGUUGGCCAUGGCACAGAACAAUAAAUUGCUAUCAAGAAGUUCAAGGUCAAUUAUGCAGAGAGCUGAAAGCACAAUUAAAACUACUGUAGAUUUGCAUAGUGUUUCAAUGAACUCAAGAGAAUCAGAGCUGGAUGAUAGGCCUCAAAAGUCACUCAACGAGAAGCAACAAGAGUAUCAAGAUUUGCUUAUCCGUUGUAUUGCUCAGCACUUGGGCUUCUCCAGAGGCAGGCCCGUUGCUGCCUGCAUUAUCUACAAAUGUCUUAGGCAAUGGCAUUCAUUUGAGGUCGAUAGGACAAGCAUUUUUGACAGGAUAAUACAAACUAUUGGCACAGCCAUUGAGACCCAGGACAACAAUGAUAUAUUGGCCUAUUGGCUGUCCAAUGCAUCGACUUUAUUGUUGCUGCUGCAGCGCACACUGAAAGCUGGAGGAGCUGCUGGAGCCGCCCCACAACAUCGGCGAUCUCCAUCAGCCACUCUAUUUGGGAGAAUGACACAGAGUUUCCGAGGUACCCCUCAAGGCGUUAAUCUUUCUUUACUUAGUGAUGAUUCGGCUGGUACCAUACGCCAAGUAGAUGCCAAGUACCCUGCAUUACUGUUCAAACAACAGCUGACUGCUUAUGUGGAGAAAAUUUAUGGCAUGAUCCGAGAUAAUUUGAAAAAAGAGAUUUCUCCACUGCUCGGACUAUGCAUCCAGGCUCCAAGAAUAUCGCGAGCAAACUUAAUUAAAGGAGCAGCCCGCACUCAAGAAAAGUCUGCUGCCCAGGAGAUUUUAAUUUCUCACUGGCAAGGAAUUGUAAAGAGCCUUGGGAAUUUUCUCAACGUACUUAAAACGAACCAUGUACCUCCGUUUUUAGUUCGGAAAGUGUUCACUCAAUUGUUUUCAUUCAUCAACGUCCAGUUAUUCAACAGUCUUUUACUAAGACGAGAAUGCUGUUCAUUUAGUAACGGUGAAUAUGUCAAAGCUGGAUUGGCUGAACUAGAGCACUGGUGUUACAAGGCAACUGAUGAGUACGCAGGUACAGCUUGGGAUGAGCUCAAGCAUAUCAGACAGGCUAUUGGGUUCCUGGUUAUACAUCAGAAGCCAAAGAAGACCCUGGAUGAAAUAAGUCAUGAUCUGUGUCCUGUCCUCAGCAUUCAACAGCUUUAUAGAAUCAGUACAAUGUACUGGGAUGACAAAUACGGCACGCAUAGCUUAUCCCAAGAUGUAAUAUCCAACAUGAGGGUGUUGAUGACUGAGGAUUCAAACAAUGCUGUGUUGAAUUUGUUCUUAAUCUUUGUAUGUUGCAGCAUACCAUUUUCAGUCGAUGAUCUCUCCAAAUCGAUGGAUCGUUUUGAUAUUUCAGACAUUGAACCACCGCCGCUCAUUCGCGAAAAUUCGGGCUUCAGCUUUUUACUGCCUGCCACAAACUAACUGAUCGUAGUUAAUCUUUUUUCUGUCUGAAUCUCAGCCGAAACAUCCUCAUUUUUGAGGACAUGCCUGAAUCGUAUGUGAACUUCCAAUAUGCUUGUUGCUGGCUGGAAACUGGAAUGUGUUAAUACAUUUAUGCAUUUGGUUCGAAGGAGAAAAACAUGUACACGGUUGAACCGUUAUGUUAGCUAGGAGACGGGAGUUGAUCUGAAUGAAUGCUCCCGGUCAUGCGUCAUAGGUUGAUCAUCGGAGGUGUUAGAAAGCAGAUUGUCUUAACGAGGUGAGAAGAUAGAGCUUAGGAAUGAAAUUUUGUGUAGUAUAGAAGUUCACCCUUUUGAGGAGUUUGUAGUUGAUUAGUCACAGACAUUCAUAACAAAUGUAAAUGAAUAAUACACCUUUUUUUUUUUUUUAUUUGUUUUGAUAAUUCUUGUGUAAUAAACAUA